AUGGCUCAACUGCCAGCGAAGUUCCCAUGCUGGUGCCGAGCAGUAUACUCUUGGGGCGGAGAAACAACCCGAGAUUUGGGAUUUGUAGAGGGGGAUCUGAUCGAAUGUCUGAAUGCAGGCGACGGACAAUGGUGGAUGGGACGGUUGCGCCGAGACAGGCGCGCAGUGGGACUAUUCCCAUCCAACUUUGUCGAGCUUCUGAGUGAAGACUUUGUACCAGUGAGCCGGGAUACCAGUCCAAUGGUGCUAGCGGGAUCUUCCCCUGUCAACAAUCCUACGUUUGCGCCCAAGAAGCAGAAAACAGUGUGGCGGAAGCCUUUCCAGGCACACAAGGAAGCUGUAUCACCAUCUGCCAAACUAGCCCGUGGCCCACUUGAAUCUAGCCCAGCACCCUCGAUUCCUCAAACUCCGCCUCGGGAUGGCAGUGUUCCACGCAGCACAAAACCAUUGCGCACACACGCGUCGGCGGUUAAGAACCAAGGCUCAGUAUCCCGUCCCACAUCGUCUGCAUCGCGACCUUCGUCGCGCGGCGCAUCUCCGCGUUCCUCAGUGGAGCCAGAGCGAUCACCAUCUGCAAUCAUGCCACGAGGAAGUGUUUCAUCCUCUAGGCCUUCGUCCCGUGAACCAUCACCAUUCCAAAUGCAGGAACGCCCAUCGUCGGUGAUUCCGAAGAGUAGUGUCUCGUCCUCUCGGGCCGCGGUAUCUCGGGAACCAUCUCCGUUGCCAAUACAAGAAUACCCAUCGGCAAUUGUGCCUCGUGGCAGCGUCUCAUCCUACCGGCAUUCAUCUCGUGAGCCAUCUCCAUUGCAACAACAUGAAUACUCAUCCGCAAUGGUGCCACAGGGCAGCAUGUCUUCUUACAGGGAUGCAUCCCGCGAACCGUCUCCAUUGCAAAUGCAAGAACACGCAUCUGCAAUGGUACCAUAUGACAGUGCUUCAUCCUACCGUCAUGCAUCUCGCGAACCAUCCCCCUUACAGAUGCAGGAGUAUUCAUCUGCAAUGGUGCCACAGUGCAGCAUGUCAUCCUAUCGGCAUUCAUCCCGUGAGCCAUCUUCAUUGCAAAUGGAGGAGGAUCGAGAGGGCUCGCCCCCUCCUCCACCUCCACCGCCACACCGUGUCGCUAUCAGUCGUGCGGCAUCCCAUUCUCCACAGCCGCGGAUGCACCCUGCUCAGCCUCGCGCGCAAUCCCCUCAACCACCAAUGCAUGCACCUCAUCAUCGCGCGCAGUCUCCUCAACCUCCAUCACACGCACCUCGCCCUUCACGUUCUCCUGCACCCCUGGUUAUGAACGACCGUUAUGUCAUCUUUGAUCGUACUCCAUCUCCAUCCGCAGCUUCGACCCACUCCGCAAUGUCUGAACAUUCGGCGCAGUCAGAUAUCCAUGGAAAUACCCCAUCCCCACUGCGGGAUGCCAUGGAGGAUGUCAUGACUUCAUUGGAAGAUAUGGGCCUUCCCCGCCAAGCUGCAUCGCCUUCUCCAACACCAACAUUCAAUGACCCAUGGGCGCCAGAGGACUUUGAUACCUCAAAUGAAAGAACUCCACAAGGCAACAGACGCCGACCAUUGACAUCAAUGGGCUUUGAUGGCGACAAAGAUCAGCGUCAAGGUGGACUCGUCCAUCGAAAUAGUGUCUAUAGCCAUGACCAUUAUAUGGAUGGACCUCCGCAGUUGAAUAACUAUGUUCAAAGAAUGGAGAGCCGCCUUCGCCAGCUAGAAGACCAGAACCGACAACCCGAAGACGAUAAAGGGGGGCCUGAGGACGAUGAUGGGCCCCCUCCACCACCACCAAAGCAUGCUACCUAUCACCCGCGUAACAAUUCAAUUGCAGGACAGUUUCCUCACCUGAAGUCACGGCGGUCCGGGCAGGCCCUGCGGGGAGAUAUUCUCAACAGAUCAUUCACCAAUAAGUCUAGUGCGACCAAUUCGUCCAGCGGUGUCCAAAGUAAUGGUACGUCAAUGACGAACAGUACGGACAAGACCAGCCAAAGUCUGAUGAGUGGGUUCUCUGCAGGAGGGUUCAGUGCAACGAGCGCGGGUAGCUUUGCCAGACGAGGCGGUCACGAACGGCCAAACACUGCCAUGGAUACUGUGCGCUCUCGUGGUUUCAGCGAUGCUCGUCCAGAGACCCCUUUCACCGGUGUAUCCUAUCACUCCAGUCACAACUCAUCUCGCCAGGGCGCAUCCUCUGCCAUUCCUUGGUCAUCCACUGAUCUCGACACAACCGAUCACAGUGGAGUUUUUGGUGGCCUCUCCACGCCAAAGACGAAAAAGCAAGGCUUCUUCAAGAAGAUUUUUGAAACAGCCAAGACUGGCGCUGCCAGUGCGAGGAGUAGCAUUUCUGCCCAUGGGGACAGGUCACAGUCUCAAUCUCCGACCAAGAGCAGCAGAGGUAUAGACGUGGUAUCACCCAUGCUCACAUCUCAUGGGAACCGUGACAGUGCUCGUGAUAUGGGACUCGGCGGCGCUAGCACCAUCGACUGGGUUCAAGUGCGCCGCGAUGUCAACCGCGCGUCCUCUCCCAGCCGCAAUGAGAGGGUUGAAAGGGCAGAACGAUGCCAGAUGCACGACCACCCUGUGAUCUACUCUGUAGAGGAACUUUAUGACACUGCGGAGGGCGAUGAAAGCAUCGAUGGUCAACCAAUCAGUGAACCUACCAAUUUCAAUGCAGCGAACCUCAACCUUGUGGACAAGAGUGCGCGGUUCAUUAGCAGCCUCCCACCAACAACAAAUCCAAUGAGUCUUGCGCAAGCCUACAUCUGUCGACCAUACAAGAGUGACGUCCAACGUCUUCGCGCUAUCUUUACCUGGGUUAGCGAGAAGAUCGCUUGGGAAGAACCAGUUGAUGGCCUCGAAGUCGACAUGAAGAGACUGUUACAGGCCAAACGAGGUACGCCGGAGGAGAUUGCUCUUCUAGUGCACGAGAUGUGUGCAGCCGUUGGCUUGCAUACAGAGAUCAUCCGAGGCUUCCUCAAGAGUCCCGGCGAUGUCCUCGACCUGGAGAGCCUCUCCCGUCCCAACCACUGGUGGAACGCGGUUCUGGUCGAUGGUGAAUGGCGCUUCAUGGACUGCGCCCUCGCCAACCCCACGAAUCCCCAGCGGAGUCGAUUUGUUUCUAACAACUCCGCCACGGCAGAGAGCUGGUACUUCCUGACGCGGCCCCUUGACCUUUGCUAUACCCACGUCCCACUCUACCCUGAGGAACAGCACAUCUGCCCACCAAUCUCACCCGAUGUCCUCCUCGCUCUCCCCUCUGUCUGCCCGCCAUUCUUCAAACUGGGCCUUCAACUACCAGACUAUGACACAAGUCUGCUCCGCAUAGAAGGCCUGGAGGUAAUGCAGCUGCGCCUUGUCGUCCCCUCAGACGUCGAGUGUGCGGCGGAAGUUGAAGCACCAGCCUUCGCCCGCGAUGCAGAUGGCGACUUCUUCGAAAGUGGAGACAUCGUACGCAAGCGUGCCCUCGUCCAGCCCGAUUGGUUCCGCGGCCAAAAACGCAUCACUAUCAAGGCGGUACUCCCUGGUGACGAGGGUCAGGGUGUUCUAAAGGUCUACGCAGGAAAGAAGGGUUUGAUGCACUCAAGCAAAGACAUCCCUCACCCCCUAGCAUUCGCCCUCCCAAUGAUCCAUACCGGAGAGAAUCCCUCAUACGACUUCGUCUUGCGCCAUCCAACACCACAUGCCCAGCGUCACGAUUUGUACAUCAUGCAACCGCAAUGCUCGCGCCUAGCAGUAAACAACACCUUCGUCUUCGCCGUGCGCCAGCACUCAGCAUCCGCAACGCCAGCCAAGGACGAACCAUCCUCCAACGGCCGUGGCUCGCCCUCAUCCGUCUUCACCCGUCCAUCCAGUGCAUUGAGCAUGGUCUCCAGCAACGCCGGCGGCUCCACCAUCUCAGGUGCCUCGUAUGAAUUCUCAGCAUCGACCUCUGCAAUCUCAUCCACGAAGUCCGCCUCUGGACGGGACAAGCCCGCUAAACUGGCCAUCCAAUCGCCGUCUGGCAAGAUUCUCCGUCUAACCCGGAAGGCAGAGCACAUGAUCAGCGGCGACAAUAGCAGCGAAUCAGUUACCGAUGCCGCUGCCGAAGGAAGCGUCUGGGAGACAGUCAUCAAGAUCGGAGAACGGGGCAUGUGGCGUGGCCUGGUGCUAGCCGACCGCGCUGCGCGGUGUCCUUGA